GGGGGUCUGAAUACUUUCCGUACCCACUGUAUGUAGUAUUAAAACUAAUUUUUAGAACUUUACAAGACUGCAAUCACGCUUUCAGGAUUUACAGUAUUAGAUCAGAUUUUUUCUGAGAUGUAAAUGGUAAUAAUAAUAUAAAUUUAUUAUUGUUGUAAUUGUUAUUAAUAUUUAUCAAUAAUUAAUGAUUGCAGGGGCAACUGUAAUUAUUAUUAGUAUCAUGAUUAACAAUAAUAAUAAUAAUAAUUUAAUAAUAAUAAUGUUUUUAUUAUUGUUAUUUUUAUUUAACAAUCUGCAAUGAUUGCAGAUGCAACUGUAAUUAUUAUUAGAAAAAAAAAAAUAUAUAUAUAUAUAUAUAUAUAUAUAUAUAUCAUUCAUUCAUGAAACUGUCUAGCACAAAUAGUCUAAUUUUUUGUUUUUAUAUUACACUUCAAGGCCUUGACAAGGUUGCAAAUGUUGAGCAAAUGAUUAAUUAAUCUAUUUUCUGACAAUGGAAAUAGAGGGCUCAGAUGAGCUGAUGGAAUUUGGCAGAAUAUUGUUCCUCUUUUUUUGGCCUGGGUCAUUGUCAGGAUGUUCCUGGUGAUGCAACUUGUCUGUAGGGCUCUUGCUCAGAAAAGCCUCUCAUUGGAUUUACUCUGAUAGACCAAUCCUGAAGCUAGAAUAAAGCUUGAUUCAGAAAAAAAGGAAAAGGAGUAGUGUAUCUUUCUUUUGCGAAGAUCAUCGCUUCACACUCAUUGUGAUCAGCCAGUUGAAGAAGCAGGAACAACUAGCAAAAUGUCUCAUGAUGGAAUGUCCAGAGAGGAAUAUGAGGAGUAUCAGAAGCAGAUGGUGGAGGAAAAGAUGGAGAGAGAUUCAGAAUUUGCUACAAAAAAAGCAGAAAGGGCUUGUUUGAGGACUUGUUUAAGAGACAAAUAUCGACUCCCAAAGAGCGAACAGGAUGAGAUUAUGAUUCAGCAGGCCGGAGAUGACAUUGACGUGCCAGAAGAACUGAUUAAGAUGGUGGAUGGAGAGGUGCCAGAGGAGGAGGAAAAGGAAUCCAUCAUGGGUCAAAUGCAGAACCUUCAGAACAUGGAUAUGGGGCAGAUCAAAGAAAAAGCUCAGGCCACGUUUGUGGAGAUGAAAUCCAAGGCUGAGGAGAAGUGCACUGUUAUGUAAUGUGUAGAAAAGGUUAAAGUUAUCUAGUUGUCGAAUCUCGACACUCAUUUACUUAUGCAGUGAAACUAUUAAUAGUUUCAAUAACCUGAUGUCGAUCACUCUUUAAGAGAUCAAUGUCAUUGUUCAGAAAUUAAUUUAUAAGUUCUUUCAUUUGGUUCUUUUUUUAUCUUAAUCUUUUUUUUCUUUGUUUUUAUUUUGUUCCUUGAUUUUCUUUUUCUUUUCUUUUUUUUUUUUUUUUUAAAUCAAACUGUGAUUGACUUAAUCACUGAGUAAUCUUAAACUGCAAAGUCAAUGUUAUGACUCAUGACCAACAUCCACAUGGUAAAAAAUAAUCAUGAUAUUUGAUUCAUGCACUUUUUAUUUAAAAAUAAAGGUUAUUUUUCUAAAUAACUGUUUAAAAUCCACAUGAAAAAGACAUGUUUAAAUGUAAUGAUAUGAUGAGAUUUUUAACGUGAUAAUUUAACAUCACUAAAUACUUAUAGUCACAGUAUGCUACAAUAUUUUCUUUACGAUAAAAUGUUUUGAAGGUUCCAUAAUAAGUUAGUCACAUGAAGGUGAAGACUGGAAACUGUUGGAAAUUAGACAUGACCACCUGGGAUAUAAUUUUUGCAUCACUACCACCACUAAAGGCAAAUGCAAAAAUAAUGCAGUCAGUUUAUCAAUUAAUUACUCACAAUUAAUUUAUAGUCUGGACAUUAAGCUGGGAAAUGAGACAGUAUUGUAACUUAAAUGACACCCUUCACUUUUAACAUACUAAACCCACAAUGAAAAUUCUGUCAUUUACUCACUCUCAUGCCAUCCCAGAUGUAUGGCUUUCUUUCUUCAGAUGAACACAAAUUAAUAUUUUUUUUCAUCAAAAUAAUCCACCUCUUUGAGUCCAUUUAAUGCAAGUGUACGGGACCUCCUAAGCUGACACUUCAAAAACCACACAAAGUGAACAUGACAUAAUCUAUACUACCCCAGUUGCUGAAUCAAAGUCUUCUGAAGCGAAAUGAUAGGUCUUUGUAAGAAAAGUACUAAUAUUUAAAAAACAUAACUACUGUAUAAACAAUCACUUCUGUGAAUAAAUACAUAGAUCGACAAUAAGCAUUUGGAUUCCCAAAUGGUCUGGUGGUAGAACUUUUGUUAAGCGUGUCAGAGGUUCUAAUCCGCCUUCGUAUAGUUUUGUUUUCCUCAUUAAAAUCAAAGAUGGUCAUUAAUGAUUGUAUAUCAAGAGCAGGGACACAUUUGUGUGUAUUUUGUUUUGUGAUUUCACCGGAAAGAAUAGAGUCUCCGCAAUGGCAUUAAGCGAUAGAUUGACACGCUUGUGUGUGUGAAGACUGUGGACGAACAAAAAGAGAAA